CGAGUGAAGAAACAACAUGGCGUCGCUCUGGAGGACAGUGCCGGGUUUUGCAAAAUUAAACAUCAAAUUUCAAGUGGCAAGAUGUCUGAGCAGCACGCCUGCAUUCCAAGCCAAAGCACAAGUCAAGGCCAAGUCGCUGGCUAAGGCUGGAGUCAAGAACAUUGUGCUUGUUGAUGGUGUGCGCACACCAUUCUUGACGUCAGGCACACAGUAUAACAACCUCAUGCCCCAUGACCUACAGAGAACAGCAUUGCAGGGCCUCAUCAAGAAAACUGGCAUUUCCAGAGAUGCUGUUGAUUAUAUUUGUAUUGGAACUGUGAUCCAGGAAGUGAAGACAAGUAAUGUUGCACGAGAGGCAGCGCUUGGUGCUGGUUUCUCCGAUAAGACGCCUGCUCAUACAGUCACCAUGGCGUGUAUAUCAUCCAAUCAAGCCAUCACGACAGGAAUGGGUUACAUUGCCUCUGGCAUGUGUGAUGUUGUGAUUGCUGGCGGCGUUGAGACCAUGUCAGAUGUUCCCAUCCGCCACAACAGGAAGAUGAGAAAGGUCAUGUUGAGCUCGACGAAGGCUAAGACAGUGCCUGCUAAGCUUGGUCUGUUAGGGAAGGUCAUGUCUCCCAGUAUGUGGGUGCCCGAGUUACCUGGCAUCGCUGAGUUCUCAACAAAUGAAGUGAUGGGUCAUUCUGCUGACAGGUUGGCCGCGGCAUUCGGUGUCUCCAGGAAAGAGCAAGAUGCGUUUGCCAUCCGGUCACACACCCUUGCUAAUGAAGCAACGAACAAAGGUCUCCUUGAUGAUGUCAUCACAUACAAGGUACCUGGUGUUGCCGAUCCCGUCACCAAAGACAACGGUAUCCGCCCCUCAACCAUGGAGCAGAUGAGUAAGCUAAAGGGGGCCUUCAUAAAGCCACAUGGUACAGUGACGGCAGCUAACUCAUCAUUUUUGUCGGAUGGGGCAUCUGCCUGUCUCAUUAUGACAGAGGAGAAGGCUCUUGCUAUGGGCUUCAAACCAAAGGCCUACCUUCGAGACUUCCUCUACGUGUCGCAGGAUCCCAAGGACCAACUUUUAUUAGGGCCAGCUCAUGCCACGCCAAAGAUUUUAGGUAGAAAUGGCCUGACUCUUUCUGACAUCAGUGUGUUCGAAUACCAUGAAGCUUUUGCUGGUCAAAUCUUAGCAAAUCUUAAGGCCUUAGAUUCUGAUUACUUUGCCAAAACGUACAUGGGUCUCUCGUCCAAAUUUGGAGCAAUUCCAUUUGAGAAAUUUAACAACUGGGGUGGAAGUCUGUCCAUCGGACAUCCUUUUGGUGCCACAGGUGUCCGCCUGGUGACAACGGCGGCUAACAGGCUCAUUAAGGAGGAUGGACACAUCGCGCUUAUAGCAGCGUGUGCUGCUGGUGGACAGGGCCAUGCUUGUCUGGUGGAGAGAUAUCCUCAGUGAGACGCCACCUUCACAAUCAAACACAGCAACCAUCAAUAGUAAGACAAGACAAUUUGACUGAGGAAUUGAGAGAAACGUCUUCGUUUUCUGGAUAAUAACAACAAACAGUGCCAAGUGAAAAAAACAGGAAAGUUAUGGGCUAUUUCAGUACCUUAAAUCACCAUCAGGAAUCGUAAAUGACUUGCUAAAAAGACAGAGAAGACAUUCUACAGAUAUAUGUAUUUAUUAAACAAAAAUUUCUAUAGAUUA